AUGAUCAGCACAGAAGGCUUGUCCAAGGUGGUCGACUCCUCUCAAUUGACCUCUGACCUGGAGGGCUCACUUCACUACGAUCACGCACAAUGGAUUGAUAUGAGACUGGCUGUGGAAGACUUCUUGUGGCAGGCAACUGACCUCUUAGAUAGAUUAGAUGAUCUGCAGGAAGAUCUGAGUAGAUCUGAUUUCGGGGAAGAUGUCCCUUCAGCAAAACAUGGUUUAGAUCUUCAUGCUGAAAUUAAGAAAAGGAUACUCAAAGCUCCUGUAGAAGAACUAGAUCUCACUGGACAACGAUUGCUUCAAAGGUUAUCGGGUGAUACAAGUAGUGGUUAUGAUUCAGGAUACUCAGGAAGAGAAAGUGAAGCAUCAACGACCAAUCCUGAUCUUCAGGCUUCUGUACCUCAAAUACUUCACAAUCUCGACUCAAUACGUGCCUCCCAGAAUCAUCUACUUCAACUUUGGCAUCAUAAAAAAGCCAAACUCGACCAAUGUUUUCAAUUACGCCUUUUUGAACAAGACUGUGAGAAAAUGUUUGAAUGGAUAUGUCAUAACCGUGACGUUUUUCUGAUGAACUAUGUUGAAAUUGGCCAUUCUUACACCCUAGCAAAAGAACUACAAGAAGAACAUAAUCAUUUUACGAUGAGCUCAAUGAAUGUUUAUGUGAACAUCAAUCGAAUCCUAGCUGUGGCUACACGGAUGAUGGAGAGUGGUCACUAUGCCAGUUCUCAUAUCAGAAGUGUUGCAAAUCGCCUCGACAGAGCUUGGAAAGAGUUUGCUGCUGGGUUAGAUGAGCGAACUGCUGUGCUAGCUUUGUCAGUCUUAUUUCAUCAUAAAGCUGAGCAGUAUGUGGAAAAUGUUGGAACAUGGAACCAGGCUUGCGAAAACAUGAGCAUUCCUAGUGAGAUAAUGCUCUUAGAAUCAGCAAUUCAUCAACACCAAAAUCAUUACGAGUCCAUGUGCCAAGCCUAUACCGAGGUGUACAAUGCGUACCAGUCCCUUCUCAAUGGUUUGGACCUUCUCGUCCAGGUCUGUCUAAACUUCCCCCCACCACCAAGUCGCCCCCCACGAAUACACUACACCAACAUCACCAUCAUCAACACGGACGGGGGAGGGUCAGACUCCUCUGCUAGCAGUAGAGGGCCCAACCCUGCAGCUGACUACUCUGAAGGAGCCUCCCAUGUUUUAGCUGUGAUACACCAGAUCCUUAACCAUCAUCGAUCACUAGAACAUCGAUGGCUUACUAAAAAAAUUAAACUCCAUCAAAGGCUUGCUCUCCGACUUUUCCAAGAGGAUGUGAAGCAGGUUUUAGAUUGGUUAGCUAACCAUGGUGAAGUUUUUCUGCGGAAAAAUACUGGAGUUGGCAGGAACCUACAGAAAGCAAGAGUUUACCAGAAGAGUCAUGAACACUUCGAGAAUGUUGCUCAGAAAUUAUCUAUUGAAGCAGUUGAAUGA